AUGUCGACCCUUGACCUUAUCACCAAAUACGCCGAAACAGCUCUAUCCCACCUCCCAGAGCCCACCCAACUUUUUUUCCGCAAUCCAACAGCCCAAAAGGCUCUGGGCGUUAUCGCCGGCCUCGUCCUGCUCCGCGCUACAAACCGCUUCUUUUCAAAACGCAGUCUGCAAAACUGGACCUCCAACCACCCAUGGAUUCCAGCCCGCGAGCUCAUCUUGCUCACCGGCGGCUGCAGCGGAAUCGGCAAGCAAGUCAUGGAAGACCUAGCGCGCACAGGCGUGCGCGUAAUCAUCCUCGAUAUUAAUGAGCCAACAUUCACACUCCCCGCCAACGUCACCUUCUACAAGGCGAAUAUCACUUCCUCGGCUGAUAUCGCCGAUGUGGCGCGCACAAUCCGUGAUAACCACGGCGAGCCCACAGUUUUGAUUAAUAACGCGGGCGUGGGACAUGAGGGGACCAUCCUCGAGGAGCCCGAGGAGAAGAUUCGCCAGACUUUCGAGGUGAACACCAUUUCCCAUUUCCUGAUGGUUAAGGAGUUCUUGCCGGCUAUGGUCAAGGCGAAUCAUGGUCAUGUUGUUACGGUUGCUAGUAUGGCGAGCUUUGUGGUGCUCGGUGAGAUAGUGGAUUAUUGUUGCACCAAGGCUAGUGCGCUUGCUUUCCACGAGGGACUGCGUCAGGAAUUGAAGCAUUGGUAUAAUGCGCCUAACGUGCGCACUAGUGUGAUUCACCCCUUGUGGGUGCGUACGCCCAUGAUCAAGAUGCUCACGGAUCACGAGGCGCAUUUAAGACAGCCUAUCAUGACCCCCCAGGUCGUAUCGGAGGCUAUCUGUAAGCAGAUCUUGACUCAGACCAGUGGCCAGGUUAUCUUGCCUGCUAGUCAGUCGAUGGCUAGUUUGGUGCGUGCUAUGCCGGCUUGGAUGCAGGAGGGAGUGCGCACUUUCGCGUCGAACGCGUUGAUUAAGAUGCGUGUUGCGCAGCAAGCGGAGGAGAAGGCCCAGUAA